AUGGAUCUUUUGUCGUGUCUGGGACGGCAAGAUGGUGGUGGUGAUCCACCUGACACUCCUAAUAUUGAUAAGUUACGAACUUUUAUUCAGCGUUUUAAACAAGAUCCUAAUGCGGAAACAUCAUUUAUCAGCCGACCGAGUUCUACUGAACUUUGUGAAUGGUCAAAGAAAGUAUGUGAAUAUUUGCCAAGUACAACCGAUACAGCUGCUGCCACUGGUGAUGAUAUCCGUCCAAUGAAACAACAUUUUUCAAUAAUUAAACAAUUUUAUGAUAGUGUACAACAAGCAGGAUUCACACGUAUACCACCCAUUGUAGAAACAUUCUUAUCAAGUAUACAAAUAUAUGAAGCCGUAUCGGGUUUAGCUUGUGUUGUAUUUGCUGAACAUCCUCAUAUACUUAAAGUUAUUGAAAAUCAAUUAAAUGAAGCAAGAGAAGCAAUUGCAGAACAUGGCAAUAUGGGUGUUAUUGGUUUAUUAUGUUGUGGUUCAGGCAUGUUACUUGCAAGAUUUAAUACAUUUCUUCGUAUAAUCGAUGAAAAAUUAGGUGAACUUGGUGUUGGUCGUAUACUUGAUUUUCUUGGACAAUUACUUGAUGUUUUUUGUAAAUUCUUUCAUAUUGAUAUGGCUAAUAUAAAAGACUUACAAAAUAUAGCUGAGACUGUUCGAGCUCUUAUCGAUCAAGUUGGUCAACAAUUAAGUUCACUUUUCGGUCGAUUAGCAGUUACAGGUGAUAAACGAUCAAGUGACGAACGAUUUGCUCCAUUGGAAAUGACAACGAAAAUUCAUCGAAAAAUUUCUAAAUUUGGUACUAAAGCACCAGUCGUCGAAAAAGCAUUAUCAUCAUUCGAACGUUUUUAUCAAGCAGCUAAUAAACUUGAUGAUAAUUUAAUUCAAAAACAUGGACGACAGCUUGCUGCUCAAGCUGAUGCUGCAGCAAACUCGGAAGAACCUUCAUUAGCAAGUAGUAAUGCUGCUGAUAUUGAUUUGACUCGAUCGGAUGCUAUUCAAGUCGCUGCUUCAAAUACAGUUAACGAAGUUGGUGUUAUUGGAAAAAUGAUGCAAAAUAUUGAAUUAAUAUUAACUUAUGGUAUACUUGCAUUAAAAAAUGAAGAUGAUGUUCUACAACCAUUAUCAGAUCAUGUUGAUGGAUGUACACAAAUUCUUGAAAAAUAUUCUCAAUUACAUCCAUUAUAUAAAAUUAUAUGUGGUGGUAAUUAUUUAAGUAAGUUACGUGUAUUUAUCAAUAAAAUAGUUGAUUUAUUAAAAAAUUCAAAAUUAAAAUUAAAUUCACCAGAAGAAUUUUUACAAGAAGUUAAACAACGUUAUCCAGAAUUAUUACGCAUGUUAGCUGAUGAUCUUAUUCAAGAUACAUUUAAAAAACAUAUUGCUGAUAAAUUACCCGAUGGUGUUGAUGAUAUUUUAGAUGGUGCUAUGAAAAAUAUUUUCGGUAAAAUAAGCUCCAAAUUUUGA